AGGGAGCGCGGGCGCGCUGGAGAGAGCCAGCGGCGCGUGGCGCGUGCGAACCCAGCAGAGCCGAGCGCGAGCGCGAGCGCCGCAGUGGCAUGUCGGGCGUCAAGAGGCUGUGUUGCGCGCGCGUCGGCGGCGCGGGGCCAGCCCUGCACCAGCACCCGCUGCUCAUGCUGUCGGCCGCCGACGGCCACGGCCACGUGCCCUUCUUCCUAGGGGCGGGCGCCACCGCCGCCGGCUGCGCCCACGGCCGCGGCGCCACCCCCGACACCUUGCUCGACAUCACGGCCAAGAUCGUCGCCGAGAACAUCCCCUUCCAGCGCAUCGAGGAGCGCUACAACCGCAUCCCGGAGCCGGUGCAGCGCCGCAUCAUCUUCUGGUCGUUCCCGCGAGACGAGCGCGACAUCUGCAUGUACUCCUCCCUGUCCCGUGUGCCCCCUGUGAACUCGAGUGGUGAACACCAAAACCUGUCGUUCUAUAAAGGAUUAAAGCUCCUCGAGUCCGGCUGCGUCGACAACGUCCUUCAAGUCGGCUUCCACCUGAGCGGCGUGGUGACAACGCCCCGGUCAGCCAGCCCCACCUCCUCCUCGUACAGCCUCGAACCCGACAAGAAGUACAAAGUCUCCGUCAGCUUCGACAGGUGCAAGAUCACGUCGGUGACAUGCAGCUGCGACACCAAGGACAUCUUCUGGUGCCAGCACGUGGUCGCGCUCUCGCUGUACCGCAUCCGCAACGCGGAGAGCGUCCGACUCAGGGUCCCAAUCUCCGAAACACUUUUGCAGAUGGAUCGUCAGCAGUUGCAGAAAUUUAUUCAGUACCUCAUAUCAGAACACCACACAGAAGUACUACCCACAGCUCAAAAAUUGGCUGAUGAGAUUUUGCAACAAAGAUCUGAAAUUAAUCAGAUUCCAGGUGCGCCCGACCCAACAGCUGGAGCGAGUGCAGAUGAUGACCACAGCUGGCACUUGGAUGAGGAGCAAGUUUGUGAGCAGGUGAAAUCCUACCUGUCACAAGGCAGCUACUACAAUGCUAAUAAGCAACUAAACUCACUAUUUGCAAAGGUGAGAGAGAUGCUGAGAGCUAGAGAUUCAAAUGGGGCAAGAAUGCUAACUCUCAUCACAGAACAGUUCCUUUCUGAUCCAAGACUGAUGCUUUGGAAGACCCAGGGGACACCUAUGACAGAUAAAUGCAGGCAGCUCUGGGAUCAGCUAGGUGCCCUUUGGGUCUGCAUUGUUCUGAAUCCACACUGCAGUCUCCAGGAAAAGCAACACUGGAAAGCACUGUUAGAAAAGUGGACACUAAUAGAUGUUUGUCCACAAGAAGACCCAGAUUUCAGACCUCAACAACCACCUCGCCAAGAUGCUGCGCAGAUGCAUGUGAGUGAUUCCUCAGAUAGUAGUUCUGAUGAUGAAGGGGGAGGUGAUGGAGGCUACCAGGGUAUAAAUAAUAAUGGUCGUCCUCGAACCUCAGGCCACAGAAGCCAUCAUUCAAGAGCCACUACCUCAGCUGUACCUAGAACAGUGUUCCACAGGGCAAUGGAUGCAGUUGGAAUGUCCUGGGAUAACUUGCAUUUGAAACACAUACUCUCAAGUGACACAUACUGUAGCCAUGUUCCUGAUAGUUCUCUGCUUUGUGGAAGUUUCAACUCACAAGGGCAACCAUUGUGGCAUGAACCACUGCCGACAUGUGCGGCUCGCGUGGAUGCUCUGCGUUCACACGGCCACCAGGGAGCUGCCUUGAGGCUGGCCGUGGCAGUCGUCCGCACGAUGAAGCAGCAGCAGCUAGCUGCACAGCGCCGUUGGCACGAGAGCCGCCACCGCAUGCCCGUGCUGGGAACGCCGUGCUCCUCCCGCUGCCCGGCAGCCAUUCCUGUUCCUCCUACAAUCCCUGUCCCUACACCAGGACCGGCUGCUGGAGUGUCUGGGACAGGAUGGGGGGAGGGAUGGGUCGGUCACCCUCUAGACCCAGUCGGAUGUCUGUUCGAUACAUUGGCUGAAGCCUCACUGGUCCCAGAUGAUCAGACUCCUCGUACACCAUCUUACUUUGACCCUGUUGGCGUUGAUGACACAAGUGCCAAUGUUCCUCCUCGGUACCACCAUGUUCCUGUUGUGGCUUCUCGUGAUCGUUCAGAAACUUACCUUACCCUUGCAGUGGAAGUAGCUCUCAUUGGACUGGGUCAGCAGCGUAUUAUGCCCACAGGACUUUAUGCUCAGGAGAAAUCCUGCAAACAAGAAGAUCGUCUGAUUGCAAAGCUGCAAGAAAUAGAACUGGACAACAGCCUGGUUGCAGUGCUACGGCGCCAGGCAAUUGUGUUACUUGAAGGAGGCCCUUCAAGUGGACUGGGUAUUGGCAUCCAUCCAGAAAGCAUUCCAAUGCAUACUUUUGCUAGGUUCCUGUUCCUCUCACUUCUCAACUACUAUCCUGACUUAGCCUACGAGGUUGGUCUACGUGCUAUGAGGUUACCCAUUUUGGAGGAGCAUGAGGAUGCUGAUGACCCAGUCAAUGCAAAUGUGAAUUCAUUAGUCCUGAGCCGAUAUCCACGUUGGUUUACACUGGGCCAUAUUGAAACUCAACAAUGUGCAUUGGCCUCAACAAUGCUCAGUGCAGCAAAAGGUGAUGUUCUUAGACUCAGAACUGUACUCGAGUCGUCACAGCGCCAUAUACAUAGUUCCUCUCACUUAUUUAAACUAGCACAAGAUGCCUUUCGCUUUGCUACUCCGGAAAAUGGGCCUAGGCAUCCAACACUAUUGAGUGUAGCCUUUGAAUUAGGACUGCAGGUUAUGAGAAUGACAUUAUCCUCUUUAAAUUGGAGACGCCGUGAAAUGGUACGAUGGUUGGUAACAUGUGCUACAGAGGUGGGUGUGGAAGCUCUUGUCUCAAUCAUGCAGAACUGGUAUCAACUCUUCACACCUACAGAAGCAACAGGCCCUGUUGCUACCACUAUAAUGUCUCACAGCACUAUUAUGAGACUAAAUCUGUCCUAUGCUCAGCAAGAAGAGCUCUCAAGUUGUGCCAGAAAUCUAGCACUGCAGUGUGCUACAAAAGAUCCACCAAACUGUGCCUUGAAUGCAUUAACAUUAUGUGAAAAUGAAGCUCUGGCCUUUGAGACAGCAUAUCAAAUUGUUAUCGAUGCCGCAUCUCAUAUCAUGACUUCAUCACAGCUCUUCACAAUUGCACGAUACAUGGAACACAGAGGCUAUCCCACCAGGGCUUAUAAACUAGCAAUGUUGGCAAUGAAAAAUGUCCAUCUUGCAUACAACCAGGACACGCAUCCAGCAAUAAAUGACAUCCACUGGGCCUGCGCACUGAGCCAUUCACUCGGAAAAUCGGAACUUACGAACAUGAUACCAUUACUGGUCAAGAACGUUCAGUGUGCUACAGUGCUGUCAGACAUACUGCGCCGCUGCUCAAUGACUGCUCCAGGAAUGUCCUGCCCACAUCCUGCUCCUGAUGGGACAAAGCACCACCACCACCAUCACCACCACAGAGGGGGGAAUAGAGGAAGCUGUGGCGGCGGUAUGAAACCGUUGUCUUAUGACAGGCCACCCCUGCGUCAGCUGCUGGAAGCUGCAGUUGCAGCAUAUGUAGCCACCACACAUUCGAGGCUCACUCAUAUUUCGCCCCGGCACUAUGGUGACUUUAUAGACUUCUUGGGUAAAGCUAGAGACACAUUUAUACUAGCCCAUGAUGGGCAUGCUCAGUUCACGCAGCUUGUUGAAAAUAUGAAAGUGGCAUACAAAGGCAAAAAGAAACUAAUGUUUCUUGUAAAAGAAAGGUUUGGCUGAUCAUAAUCAAAGCAGAAGCUCAUGAGUAGAUUAUUUUUUGUGUUUGCAUAUGUUUAUUAUCUUGCCAGGUAGAAAUUUAUUAUUCAGAAAAAUGUGGAAAUAUUGGUAUUGCUUAUUUUGUUUUUACCAUAAAUUUUGUUUUCAUUGGAGAAAGAAAGUGUCUGCUUUGUAGCUGGGUUAUUAUUUACAUAAAAAUUGUGCUAAUGUCUGCAUUUGACACCAGUAGUAAAUCAUCAUCAUCAUUAUUUUAUUUUCCAUUUGUUCUCUAGAUUAUGCAAAAGUGUACUGUGGGAAAAGAGUGAAUUCAAGGAAGAAUGAAAGCUGAGUCCUUAUACUUG